AUGAAAUCGAUCAUCGUGCCAGCACUGCUGGCAAUCACGGCAUUGGCAGCACGUGAAGAUGAAAUAAAGAGGUUAGAUGGAGAGGUGCAAUAUGCUACUCAAGUUUCGGCUGGGUUGGUCGAGUUAUCUGACAAACUCAAUCUUGCAUGCAAUGCACUUAAUGAUAACAUGACCCAGCUGGAAAAACUUUGUGCCAAGGCAAAGGCUAACGGACAUUUAGACCACGAAACCAUCAAGAUCUACAAUGAAAUACUUCCGGUCAUGUCAGUCUGCGCCAAUACAAGAAAGGAGUACGAUGAACUGAACGAGGUCGCCACCAAAACCGCAGCUGAACAUAAACGCUGCAUUGAUUUUCUUGCGCGUGCAAAUGAACAGGAAGCAAAAGUUGAAUGUGAAAGGGCAAGGGAACACUUUCUAGAGCUUGAGAGACUAGUGGGACCAAGUAGUUACGUAUUCCCAAAUUCUGCAAAUGUUAUUCCAAAGAUAGAUGCUGCAAUCGCCAAGAGUUAUGAAAUAAUAAGGAAAUACAGAAAUUAUGUACAAGAGGGAAAGUGUGAUGCCGAGGGAUAUCGAGGUACUGGCUUGCAUGCACCCCUUGGACAAAAUGAUACCUUUGGCCCAGUCGGGCCGCACGUUGUAGUAAGACCACCGGUUAUCACCGUUGAAAACAAGAAGGAUGAUGAAUCAGAAUCUCCUGCUGAUCCACAAGUAGAUGUCAAAAGUAAAACCGUUGAGCACACCAAGGAUGAAUCGACUGUAAAUGGAGCUACUCAAACCUCAAAUACGGUGAUUACACCACCCCUUCCUUUGUAUAUUAGGCAAACUCCAAUUGCUGUACUCCCACAGGGACCAAAGGUAGACACUGGAGUAGGAAAGAAGGAACAGGUACCAGAACCUAGGGCCCCCGAACAACCUACAGGAUUUGAUAGUCCACAAAGUAGGGAAUCUGAAGCAUCAACUGGCCAGGAAUCUGUUCCAACACAAGGAGAACAAACGCCUACAGUUUUAAAAAAACAGCGUGCAUCUGUACAGGGAGUAGAAAAUAUAAAAGUGUGGAAAAUGGAACUGCUCAAAUGGAACAAAGUAGCUAUUGAAGUACAUAGAGAAGCUUUUAAUAUGAUAAAUACGCUUGAUGAAGCAAGAAAGAUAGUACAUGAACUGAUUGAGGAAUCUAGGCAAUUUGUAGCAAAUGCAACUGGUAACAAACCCCUUGAGAACUUGUUGAAUGAUGCAGUGAAUUUGCACACAGAAUUCGAACAAGAGUUUGAAAACAAGUGCAAGCAUCUCGAGGAAAUCAUGGAGAGAUCAGAUGAUUUAAAUAAGAGAAUUGUCACUGCGCUAUCUAGCGGACCUAUGCACGGAUAUUUGGACCUUUUGAAACAUGAAGUGGGAACUGCUACAAGAGUUAUUGGAGAACUUCAGGGCCUUUAUGGAAACUUGGGUGAUGUAAGAGAGUAUGCCAGAACCACACUUUCCCAUAUCAAAGCCAUUGCUAGUGAUAUUGAAAAGAUUUUCACAGCACUAGAUUCUGAAAGUUCAGAUACUGAUGAAUCGGAUGAUCAAGCGUCUACUACGGAAGAAACGUCUCCAGAGGAGCAACUCGUUAGAUUCCAAGAUAUACUUCGUGGAGACGCACUGGAAGCCAAGAAGAUUACUGAAAGGAUGGAUGUGGUUGUUGAAAAGAUCAAACUCAUCAUUGAAGAAAUCAGGAGAUUUGCUCUAGAAUCUGGAAAUUCUCUAGAUAAUGAAAUUGCAGAACUCUUAGCCUUUGAGCGUGAUGUUUUUGAGCAUAAAAGGGCAGUUGAUAUUCAACUGAAUCAAAUGUAUGUAAAAUCAAACCUUUCCUUGCAUGGAAUUAACGAACUUUUGGUUGGUAGAGAUGAAGAUGUUCUCUCAGAAAAGGUCCCAGAAGUUGAAAAACUUUUACAAGACAACAGAAAUUUACUAAAAACCACUAGGAACCUCUCUGAUGAGGUGGAAAAGACGUUCCAGGAACUUGAUGAUAAGAUGAGUAGGAUCAUUAGGGAUUUGAAUAUCAAAUCAAAUGUACAAGUUGAUUCUAUAGGUUCACUCAGAGGACACGUACAAGAUUCAGAAUCUGAACUUGAUUCAUCAGAUGAUGAACCAUCUGCUACGGAAGAUGGUACACUAGAUUCAUUAGAUGAUUUGCCUCAAUCUGACAAUGUACCUACAGUAUCACGUGUAGAUCUUGUAAACACUGCUAUAACACUCGACGGACGAUUGAGAGAGAAACUAGAGGUAAUAUCAACCGCAAAAACAAAUGCAGUUGGUAGAUAUGAGAAGGCAGAAGAGCUAUAUAAUGAAUUCAUGGCGAUAUUCUCAAACGUUUCAGAUUCAAGGGCUGUGACAUUAGCUACAACACAUGCAAGUGUGGUACAUCACAAGAGUGAAGCCGAAAAAUUUUAUCAUGCCAUAGUUGCAAAAACGGGAGCUCUCAAGGCAAGCGUGGAUGAACUCUUGGGGAGAGUUGGGGAAUGUUUGACAGAGUUGGCUAAAGAUGACAAUAGCUCCUUCACCCAUGAUGAGGUGUUUGACACAUGCACAGUGGUAUUAGAUCAUGCUUUACAAGCAACGUCACAAAAUUUUGACCAAAGUAUCGAAGAGUACCUUGGGAAGUUGAACAAGGAGGUUGCCAUUAUUCGUUCUCUUGUUGAUAUUACAACAAGCUCAGGAAAAUUUCCUGUUAAUGGAAAUGUUGAACCAAAGAAUCAUGUAAAUUUGGAGAAGCCUGUGGGAUCUAAUGAGAGACUAUUCAUGCUAGUGGACCUAAGUGCACUAGACACAGCACGUAAUUUUGCCGAAAGCAUUAUUCUUCCUACCAAGCAAACUGGUGGAGAGGAUCAUGCAAAUAUUCAGGGGGAAAGUGUACCAACCAAGAAACUCUCUUCUGAACAUUCCAAGGAAGAUGACCAAAAUUCAUUUUCUGAUACAAGCCCAGAGCAAAAUGAAAAAGAAGACAAUGAACCCAGUGGAGGAAUGGGCCAUGUUCAUGUUCAAGAAGAAUCCACAAAGGUAGAAGUUGGUGAAGCUUCGGGUACAGCCCAUAGUGAAGAUAAAAAUCCAGAGCAAAGUGAACCUACUGAAAAAGAGGAAAACGCACCAACGGAGCAUAAAUUCACAGAGGAUUCAAAUGGUGAAACUCCAAUCGAAACCAAUGAUGAACAAGGUAAAGAUCAGGAUCAAAAGGAACAGCCAAAUCAAAAUGUUACGGGGAAAGAACCUGGAAAGAAAUUGGAGGAUGACGAUGACCUUGAAAGUAGCGGAUUCAAGACACUUUCGUGCGUUGUAAUCACAUUCUUUGCAAUUUUAAUGCAGUUUUAA